AUGAAUCAAUAUCCUAUUCACAAAGAUUCAUAUCCACCUUCAAUCGAGUCAAUUUGUAUUGUUAAUAAAUAUUUACCUGCUUCUCCACCACCUUCACGUAAAAUAAUCAUUGAACGACAAGUACCACUUCUACAAAAAUCUCAACCUAUUAUUACUGAAAAAAAUGGAUUUCUUAUCGAGCACCAACCAAACGACAAUCAUCAAUUUUCUCCAUCAUCUGGUCCAACAUCACGUUCAACAAAACAUUUGCCUGGCCAAGCAGCAUCUCCAUCAUCACAUCAUCCAAAUGCUGGUUCAGUAAUUCCAGCACAAUCAUCAGCUCGUUCAAUGAAUCCUUUAUUGUCAAAGCAACAGCCUCAAUCAUCAACCGAUUCAUUAACAACAACGAAUAGUCACGAAAAUGUUAUUUUGUAA